ACCGACGCCUCAAGCUGCGACUGUUCCUAUAAAACCGCCGGGUCUUUACAAGCACAAUCAUACACUCAGUAUCUGCUCCACCAUGAAGACCGUCAUGAGGACUACCCUGCUGGCCUGCAUGCUCCUCGCAGCGCUUCAGUUCGCUCAGGCGAUGCCGAGCCUCUCAGCUGGCCUAACGGAAACUAAGGCUGCCAACAAUCCAUCUCCCAAGUGCAUCGCUGAUGUACUUUCCAAAUCCUCUACGGAUGUGCAAUCGAUCAUCAUCGGGUGCAUAGAACUGGCAAGAGAGCAUGAAGCGUCCGUGCCGUUUGCCCUCGAGUUCCCCCUCUGCGUCACCAUGGCUGUAGGAGGUGAUGCCGUUCGCAUUGCGAUGGACAUCUACGAGAAGUGCUGGCUGGGACAGUAGCCGAUAGACAGAUAGUUUCAGAGCAGUCUUGACUUGUUACUUAACUGAAAAUAAAAUUGUCUUCAUACUGACUGUA